CUGGGCUCCGCCGCCCUCUCCUCUCCUUCCCUCUGCUCUCCUCCGUGUUUACCUGCACUUUUCCGCCGCCUCCUUCCCUCGCUGCCCCCCGCCGCUUCCCGGCCCUGGUUCGUCCCCUCUCCUCGGGAAGGCUCGGCGCCCCGCAGCUCCGGUCCCUCGGCGCUUUGCCCGCGCCCUACCCCCGGGGAAGGCACCUGAAGGUGGAUCUAUUAAACCUCCCGGCGGUCUCUCCAAGUGCACUUCUUGGACCAAAGCACCGGCAUGGAUGUAAGAUUUUACCCUGCUGCGGCGGGCAGCUCGCUUCCCGGAGACCCCUCCAACCUGGACUUUGCCCAGUGUUUGGGUUACUACAACUACAACAAGUUUGGAAACAAUAACAACUACAUGAACAUGGCAGAGGCAAAUAAUGCAUUUCUUGCUGCAAAUGAGCAGACGUUCCACACGCCAAGCCUUGGGGACGAGGAGUUUGAAAUCCCACCCAUUACCCCUCCACCCGAGUCUGACCCUGCACUGGGGAUGGCAGAUCUACUGCUGCCCUUCCAGGGCCUUGGGGACCAGCUGCCUGCACAAGGAAAUGAAUUCACACCUCAGUUUCCCCCCCAGAGCUUGGAUCUUCCCUCUAUAACAAUAUCACGAAAUCUUGUAGAGCAAGAUGGCAUCAUCCACAGCAAUGGAUUGCAUAUGGAUCAGAGUCACACACAGGUUUCCCAGUAUCGCCAGGAUCCCUCUCUGAUUAUGAGAUCUAUUGUCCAGAUGACUGAUGCUGCCCAUUCGGGAAUGAUGCCUCCCUCACAGCUCACCACCAUUAACCAGACUCAGCUGAGUGCACAGCUGGGGCUGAAUUUGGGCAGCACUAAUUUGCCUCACACUUCACCCUCUCCUCCUGCAAGUAAAUCAGCCACUCCUUCCCCAUCCAGCUCAAUAAAUGAAGAAGAUGCAGAUGAAGCAAACAGAGCUACUGGAGAAAAAAGAGCUGCCCCAGAUUCUGGCAAGAAGCCCAAGACUCCAAAGAAGAAGAAAAAGAAAGAUCCCAAUGAGCCACAAAAGCCAGUGUCAGCAUAUGCCCUUUUCUUCAGGGAUACACAAGCUGCAAUUAAAGGGCAGAACCCGAAUGCUACAUUUGGAGAUGUUUCAAAAAUUGUGGCAUCUAUGUGGGACAGUUUAGGAGAAGAACAAAAACAGGUAUAUAAAAGAAAAACUGAAGCUGCCAAAAAAGAAUACCUAAAGGCACUUGCUGCCUACAGAGCAAGCCUUGUUUCUAAGGCUGCUGCAGAGUCUGCUGAGGCCCAGACAAUUCGUUCUGUUCAGCAAACAUUGGCAUCCACAAAUUUGUCUUCCUCCUUAUUCUGAAUACUUCUCUUUUCUCAACACACAACAGUAUCAGCAUCUCCUCAGCUCUUCAACAGCCUUCCCAGAGCAAUUGCUCCCAAGCCCUUAACCAUGAGACUGCCAAUGAAUCAGAUUGUAGCUUCUGUUACCAUUGCAUCAAACAUGCCAACAAACAUUGCAGCUCCAUUGAUAAGCUCUAUGGGAACAAAUAUGGUGGCAACACCAUCUUUCACUCUGCAAGUAAGUCCCAUGCAAAGCCAGCAGCACCAGAUACAGCAGCUUCAGCAGCAGCAGAUCCAGCAGAUGCAACAGCAGCAGCUACAUCAGCAUCAAAUGCAUCAGCAGAUACAACAACAAUGCAGCAACAAGCAUUUUCAGCACCACAUGCAGCAACAUUUGCAGCAGCAGCAGCAUCUUCAGCAGCAAAUCAACCAACAGCAAAUGCAACAGCAACUGCAGCACAUACAGCUUCAGCAAAUGCAGCAGCAGCAAAUGCAGCACAUGCAGCACCAGUCACAGCCUUCUCCUCAGCAGCAUUCUCCAGUUGCCUCGCAGAUCACUUCUCCCAUCCCUGCCAUUGGGAGCCCCCAACCAGCACCUCAGCAGCACCAGUCACAAAUACAAUCUCAGACACAGACUCAAGUAUUGUCACAGGUCAGUAUUUUCUGAAGAUAAAUGAUCUUGCAACAUGGCUUUGUGUUGGUGGAGGGGUAGUGGUAAACCAUAUUUGGCUGAAAACUGUAAAUUGUUGAUGGUAGUUAUGCAGGGAUGCAUAACAGAUCAAAUG